UGACCCAGCUCGGGCACUGCCUCUCCCAUAGCCCUCAGACACACCAUGGGCCCAGAGGCAGGUUUGCACAGCAGCGACGACGCAGGUGGCGGCCCCGGCGACUCUCAGCUGCCUCCCUGACCACUGCAGGCACCGCCCAACAUCCCCGAGAAGCCAUCGAGACCACCAGUAAGAAAAUCUAGGGGCCGCAAAGCCAUCUUCACGAUUCACUACAGCUACGCCAACAACUAUGGCGGACGAGGGGCAGCGAGAAGAGCCGGAGGGGGAGAGAUGGGGGAUGUACGUCACGGCCAGGGCCCCCCUGAGGGAGGGAAGGCUCCGCCCGGCUUCUCAAGAUGGCGGCGGCGGUGACGUGCUCGCGUACGGAACUCCUCCGUCACGGCAGGGCCGGCGGGAAGUGAGGUUCUCAGAGGAACCGCCAGAAGUAUACGGCGACUUCGAACCCCAGAUGGCCAAAGAAAGGUCUCCGGUGGGAAAACAAACCCCGCCAGAAGAGUUUCAGCCGGAUUCUGCAAAAGAAGAAGGGAGAGAAAGCGCCUACUACCUUCGGUCUCGGCAGCGGAGGCAGCCCCGACCCCAGUCAGUCGAAGAGAUGAACACGCGAAGGACUGCCCGCCUUCUGCAACCACACUCACAGCAGCCUCAGCUACAGCCGUCGCCGGUUACGAGCCGGAGAGGGUUGCGGGACUCUCUAUCCUCUGAAGAGGAUGAACCAUCUUCUCAAACUGUUACAAACCAAACAGUCUCAAAGAAAUCUGUCAGAACACAAGAAGCUCCAGUGACCAGUGAAGAUCCUGUAAUUAGCCUUUGUAGACCCCCUCUGAGAAGCACAAGAUCUGAUUCAGCAUAUAGAACAAAUGAAAAUACUAAGAUGAAUGAAUUAGAAGCCUCCAGUGUGAAACAGAAGGUCAAUUUCUCUGAAGAAGGAGAAACUGAAGAUGACGACCAAGACGGUUCUUACAGUGAUACCACUACUGUUAAGGUCAGAUCCGGGGAUUCUGUUGAACCUGGAGAUCAAACCACUAGAUCAUCUAGUCAAUGUCCAGAAUCAAUUCGGAGAUUACCCCAAAGUCAAGACUCCACAGCUCAUAACAAGCAAUCUUCAGUGCUGAGCUCAGGAUAUCAAAAAAACCCUCAGGAAUGGUUUGAACACCAAAUAAGAAUGAGAACUAGAAUGCAAACAUCUUCACCAGUCAAGAGUUCAAAAUAUGGCCGUUUUUCAGAUGGUGACAGCAUUCAGAUGUCAGAGCUUGGAAACCAGUCUCCAUCACUCUCCAGCCAACAAGUAGCUGAACAGCCACGUAAUGAAUAUUUUUUCAAGAAGAAAUGGUUCUUGUGCCUACUUGUUGUGAUAAGUGUUCUUGUCCUUUGGAAUUUUUCUUUUAUUCAUAUGCCUGGGGUAGAAACUACUGCUGUUCAAAUGUUCCAGAACCAGAUGAAACAACUUAGAAAUAAGUACCAAGGUCAAGAUGAGAAGCUGUGGGAAAGAAGCCUAAUGUUCCUUCAGAAACAUCUUAAUAGCUCCCAUCCUCGCCCUCAGCCUGCUAUCUUGCUGCUCACUGCUGCCCAAGAUGCAGAAGAAGCACUUAAGUGUCUGAGUGAACAAAUUGCUGAUGCCUAUUCUUCCUUUCGGAGUGUCCGUGCCAUUCGGAUUGAUGGGACAGGCAAAGCUGCUCAAGACAGUGAUGUUGUCAAACUGGAGGUAGAUCAGGAAUUGAGCAAUGGUUUCACAAAUGGCCAGAAUGCAGCUGUGGUGCACCGCCUUGAAUCACUGCCUGCAGGCUCUACUUUAAUCUUUUAUAAAUACUGUGAUCAUGAAAAUGCAGCCUUCAAAGAUGUAGCUUUAGUUUUGACCGUCCUAUUGGAGGAGAAAACCCUUGGAACCAGUCUAGGCCUAAAGGAAAUUGAAGAAAAAGUGAGAGAUUUCCUCAAAGUUAAGUUCACCAGCUCUAGCACCCCCAGCUCCUAUAAUCAUAUGGACCCAGACAAACUGAAUGGGCUUUGGAGCCGUAUUUCUCACUUAGUCCUGCCUGUACAGCCUGAAAAUGCUCUGAAAAGGGGCAUCUGCUUGUGAGGGGUGAAAGAAGGAAAAAUCAUGUCUCAGAUCUAAGAAAUUUUCAGACUUUUUUUACCAGAGACAGAAUUCAAAGCACUUUUUGAACGAACUGUUUCUUUUUCAAAGAAGUUAAGUUCUUAUAUAAACAUGGAACAUCUAAGUCAUUUAUUCAACCUAAUUAUUUGUGACUUCAGAGAAUUAUUUCUCUGUUUCUGGUGAGAGCUAUGUUGAGUAUUUAGAGGAGUGCAAAUUGUAUGCAUUCCCAUCAAGAAUCUGUUUUGAUUCUGGGCAGAAUCAUUGCUGUAGCAUGAACAGUUUGAAGGAUUAGGCGCCUUUCGUAUGAAUAAGCCUUGUUUUUAAACUUAACUUAGAUUUUUAAGUUUGUUGAGUUAAUAAGGCAGCUCUUUAAUUGUAACCAUGGGUUUGCCCAUUAUGUUUCUGCUGACAACAUUUAGUCCUGAGUUCCUUAGUCAGCUUCUGCUUAGGAACAAAAGUAAGGAAAGAUCAUCUGCAUAUGUGUUUAGAUUUUUUUCCCUUUAGUUUUGGAGAGUGGAGAGGAGGAGGAAAGGGAAGAGAGGAAUUAUAGAAUGGAUAAAGAAGGAAAUGGAAGAGUAAAAAAAAUUCUUCAAUAUGAAAUAUUAUAAUAAGCCACUAAGAGGUAGGUUAGUGAAACAUCUAAACCCUUAUCUUGAUGAAUUCUAUUGGAAUUUUUUUGUAUUUAAUAUUUUUUUCCUCCUCUAGGAAAUUCUUGGUUGUCCCAAGAAUUUUUAGUCUGUAUAUUAGAAUGCUUCAUAUAAUUGCUCAUUUGACUUUUAAGGGUAAAUUCAGAGCAGUUCAUUUUGUGAAAAUCUGAAGUUUUUGUUUUAAAUUAAGAAAUAACAGUUUCAGAAAUUGGUAAGCCAUUUGUUAACCUGCUAUUCUGAGCUAUUAUUGAUUUAAUUUCUGCUUUUCCACUUGUUGCAGUCUAAGUCUUUUAAUGAUACUCCAUAACAAAUGUAAAGAUUUACUAUGCAUGUGAUAAAUUUGUGUUCAACAAGCCAGAAAAGAUAGUGAACUUUACCACAUAUAAAGAAUGUUAAAUGUAUAACUGGAGUUUUCUCAUCUUUCAAUUGCUUUUUUUUUUUCUUUAAAUAUAAUUCUAGAUCUACUUUGAGGUUUGUUUUUUUUUUAAUUGUCCAAAAGCUAUUAAGUGAAAAUGCUGUUUUUAGAGUACUAGAGCCAGACACCAGCUUCAUUUACCCUUUGAGGGCCUCACAACUUGUAAUAAGUGUGGUCUGAUUUCUUUCCACUAGAAUUACCAGCAUUCAUAAAUGUAUACCCCUUUAUUAUAAUUUAUUCCUAAUAAUCAGAAGACAGAUGAUUUGAUUUAUAAAGGAGUAUAAAACAAAAUUUUGAGAAUUAUUUUAUAGAGAAACAUGUUUUUAUAAAAUGUUUCAGUCAACCAAAUAAUUUUAAAGUAAUAUGUUACUUAUCUUUCAGGAAAAAUAAUUGUAGCUGCUGAUAUGUAAAAGCUAUUUUAGUAAUUUAAAUAAAUUUACUUUCUUGGUUUGUA